AUUUGUAUUGAUCAUUUGCGGUUUGCUUGUAUUCUCUAUAUUGGUAUUUUUUUUUUGUAUGAAUAAUUUGUAUGAGAAAAUUGAUGUUAAACUUUUAUUUUGAAAGAAACUUGUUAUUGUAAAUUUUUUACCAUAAAAACCCACGGGUACCCAUGAACCCACGGAUACCCAGCGGGUUGGGUUUGAGUUUUUCAAACCCAGCGGGUUUUAUCCCGGGUUUUUUUGGAGGAUAAACCCAUGGGUUUGGGUUUGGGUUUGACAAAACCCGCCCCAACCCGACCCAUUGCCAUCCCUAGAUACAGAUUAGUAUAUCGCGUUCUCCCACGCUUACCACAAUUUCGUUUUGAUCUUCUCCUGUUUCUUCCGUUCUUUCUGCCCUUACAUCGAUCCCCUGGAGGCUAGCCAAGUUGUGGGAGAUGGAUUGAAGUGCCGACGAACGACAAUGAUGUUUGUGGUAAGUCAAUACACCAAAAUAAAAAAAGUGACUUGAGGCAGUGCUGGUAGUAGCAACUAGCAAGUGCUUGAGUCCAAUUUCUGCCUUGAGUAACUAACCUACAUAUCAAAAAUGGAUUUCUACUGCUCAAGCGGGCCUAAAGGCCCAUGUUAACAUGGACGAGUUGCCUCUAGGGUUAUUUACACUGUGCUGCGAGUGGGUCUAGUCCAGAGCUAUGGAUCUGGGUAUGCCCAACUCCAUCAAUUCUAUUUCUUUAUAUUCCAAAAGAAAUAUAUAUUUUUUUACAAGGUGAAUCUGCUUAUAUUGGACUCUGAAAAUAACAGUUACAAGAGGUUGAUUACACCAAGAGAAAUGGAACAAACAAUAAUGAAACUCUAAUAACCGGAAGCACAAUCCCAACCGAAAGAGAGCCACAAGAACGACUGAACAAAUCAGUAAAAGAGACCAUCACAGGAGCCAAAACAGAGUGACAUCAAACAUCUCUUGCUUCCACUACCAACAAAGCAGCAACAAAGCAUGGUUUCAACUCUCCCGAAACAGACAAGACCAUGGCGAUUGAAUGAGCAACGCCAUAAGCCGCCACCUGGGGAUCAUUCGAAGAUGACCCAUCACAGUGAAUCACAAGAUUGAGAUUGCUCGGCGGUGGGCAGGGCUGAAACCGAGAUGCUCAGAGCUUAAAAUGGUCGAGGAAGCCAGAGGCACGAUGGACUGAGACACGAAUAGACACCAUCAAGGUCUCCAAAGAAACUCAGAACAGCCGCCAACGACGCCACGGAAGUGACCCCGAAGCCCACAACAGACGAACGUAGAGGAGGCAUAGGUGCUCAACGAAAGACGACUGAGGGAACAACAGUGAAUGUGUUCAUCAGAGGAGAAGAAGCCACCAACAAGGGAAGGCAACCCUAACUUCGGAUCUUCAUCAGAGGCUUCCUAAGUUGCAAAAUCCGAAUCUAAAAGCAGAGCAACGCCAGACCAGCACAGAGAAACUAGAUCUGCAGAACAAACAAGAUCCAUCUCCAUAGGAGAGGAAUGUGGAUGAAACCACUUAGGAGAGAGCCAUAACGGCCUGGAAAUGCCAUCAAUGGCUGGAGAAACGCAGAAAGCAUAAAGAAAGAUAUGAGAAUUAGAACGGGGCUGCCGCCAGUCACCUAAGGGUGCCGGCGGCUACCCAGGUGGAGAAGAAGCGAAAAGUAGAAAGGUAGAGAGAGAAGAGGGCAAAUUUCAAACUAGAGAGAGAUUUUGGGUUGGUAAAAAAAAAAUCAGGAUAGGAGAAUAUUCAAAAUUUUACAAAAGGUCAAAAUCAAGAAAAAAAUAAAGUGCACCGGUCAACAAGAUACCGAAACAACGAUAACAAAGCCUUUUUCGCCCAACUUUAUCAAUUUCCCAUUUAUACUUAUAUUUUGCUUAAAAUUUCCCCAUUAUUUUAGAUGACAAAUUCAAACUGAACUAAGAAGCAAGGCAACUAAAAAAUUGAUCGGGUAGUUGCUACUAUUUGGAGUUCGGUUCGGAAAAACCAAACUAAGCAUCCAGAUCGAUCACUCAACGGCUCAACCCCAAUGAUCAUAGCCCAAUAACCCAACUCCAACUAUUUUCUCAACCCAGCCCAUCCCCAACCUCUAGCUUUCCUGAAUUGGCCAACUACUCUUUCUUAUGUGACUCCUCUAUUCUCUCCCAAAAAUUGUCACCACUGAUCUCGUCUUGAUGCUCUAGACUUCAAAAUUCUAAGUCUCGUUCGACGAUUACUGACGCUAUCAUUUUCAUUUCCAACCCAUAUUCGAAAAACCCAUACUAAUGUCGAUCUUAGCAUCUCCUCUCAGUUCUCAUUAUGCUCUUUGCCUCUAUCACUUUCUCCUUCUCCCUCCCCACUUCAUCUAAAAGUUCCAAUUAAGUUGUGCUGAUUUAACUAUUCUUCAGCUCAAAAUUCAUCCAUUAACAAAUCUGAUAUCUGAUGUGAAUUCAAUCAAAAUUCAAAUUGAGAUAAGCCCUUGUUUAUUAAAAAAAAACAAUGAUUUAUCUCAAUUUGAAUUUUGAUUGAAUUAAAAAAAAAAAAACAAGGGCUUAUCUCAAUUUGAAUUUUGAUUGAAUUCACAUCAAAUUUGAUGAAACCAAGUCAAUGCAAACUCCGAUCACUCAUUUAGACCAUAAAAGGGGAAAAAACAGACAAUCAUUAAAUCUGCCCAAUUUUAGUACUGCAUUAUUAUUUUUCGGAUCACCAACAUGAAUAACUUUUUUUUAUAACCACAUGAAUAACAUUUUCACUUUCAGAUAGAUAAAUAAAGGAAAUUAAUUAAUUAAUCUCCGUAAAAAAUAUACAUUGCCAGAAUUACCCUCCCCAGUCUCCCUUUGAAGAUUUCGUUUUCUAAUUACAGAGUCUCUCAAGCACAGCUCAAGGAAAAGUUUGCCAAAUCGUUUUGAGUUCCGUGGCGAUCGUUCGGUCCAGUGGUGGCAGAGGCGGUGGGCGGCCUAUGAAACAGCUCGGCGCCGACCUCGUCGAACCUCAAACACCAAUGGACUCGGAAUUCUCUACGACGAAGGCGCUUGCUUCCGGUACGGACUCCGACUUCGGGUUCGCUUUCAACGAUCAGAAUUUCUCCGAUAGGAUCCUUCAGCUAGAGAUCAUCCCCGACCUACCGGAGUCCGAAAUCGACGGCGGAGAUGGUAGCGUCACCCUCACCGAGUGGGCCAGAGAUCGGAAGCGUCGGAGGGAGGAGAUCAAGAAGGAGAACGAAGCUGCAGAAUCUACAGGAAUAAAACUGGAGCUGGUGGAAGAUUUGAGUAUCCCACAAACAGAGGAAACUUUGGCCUAUGACAACCAAGAUGAGGAAGCUGUUGCUAUGAUGGAGGAUUGUGGUGAAGAUGGAGGAGUACAUUUGAAUGAUCAAGGUGAAGAUUCCCCUCGUGGCAGUGAAUCGAGCUGGAGCAGGGAUUCAGCUGUUCUUAGGGUUAGUACUAUACAUAUCAGCUCACCAAUAUUAGCUGCAAAGAGCCCAUUCUUUUACAAGUUGUUCUCCAAUGGAAUGAAAGAGUCGGAUCAACGCCAUGUAACUCUUCGGAUUCACGAAUGUGAAGAAGCAGCCUUGAUGGAACUGCUGAAUUUUAUGUACAGUGGCACCUUAUCGAAGACCACAGCUCCAGCUUUGUUGGAUGUAUUGAUGGCGGCUGACAAGUUUGAGGUUUCAUCAUGCAUGAGAUAUUGCAGUAGGUUACUGAGGAAUUUGCCUAUGACUAGUGAGUCAGCGUUCCUGUAUUUGGACCUUCCUUCUACUGUUAUAAUGGCUGAAGCAGUUCAGCCAUUGACUGACGCUGCAAAACAAUAUCUUGCUGGCCAAUACAAAGACGUCUCUAAGUUCCAGGAAGAGGUGCUCAACAUGCCAUUGGCUGGUAUUGAGGCAAUAUUUUCAAGUGAUGAUGUCCAAGUAGCUUCAGAGGAUGCCGUGUAUGAUUUCUUGCUUAAGUGGGCGCGCCUUCAUUACCCCAGAUUAGAUGAACGCCGAGAAGUCAUGGGAACGAGACUUGCAAGACUAAUCCGUUUUCCCUUCAUGACAUCCCGAAAGCUCAAGAAGGUAUUGACUUGUAAUGACUUGGACCAUGAACUUGCCUCCAAGGUUGUUAUCGAUACUCUGUUUUUCAAGUGUGAGACGCCAUAUAGACAACGUGCCCUUGCUUCAGAGGAGUCAAACACCUCCCAUCGUCGGCUUGUGGAGCGGGCGUACAAGUAUCGUCCUAUUAAGGUGGUGGAUUUCGAACUCCCCAGGCCACAGUGUGUAGUGUACCUGGACUUCAAACGUGAGGAAUGUUCGCAACUAUUUCCAGCUGGCAGGGUGUAUUCACAAGCAUUUCACCUCGGAGGGCAGGGUUUUUUCUUGUCUGGCCACUGCAAUAUGGACCAACAGAGCUCUUUUCACUGCUUUGGACUGUUUCUAGGGAUGCAAGAGAAAGGAUCAGUGAGCUUUGCUGUUGACUAUGAGUUUGCUGCGAGGUCUAAGCCAACCGAUGAGUUUGUCAGUAAGUAUAAAGGGAACUAUACUUUCACUGGAGGGAAGGCUGUGGGUUACCGAAACUUGUUUGGAGUACCGUGGGCAACGUUCAUGGCUGAUGACAGCCCUUUCUUCAUCAAUGGCAUUCUCCAUCUCAGAGCAGAACUGACCCUCAAGCAAUGAGUAUUCUCAGCAAGCCACUGACUCGACUUACCUUGCGGAUUGAUUUCUUGAAUGCUCAUAAAUUUACAUUUGCUAGUGAACUGUGAGCUGCAGUUUAACUAAAACUUGCCAAUUCUACACAUGUAACCUACUUGGUUGAAGGAUUCUAUAAUGGAGCUAAUGAAGACGUUAUUUUUUUUUUUAUCCCUAGUGAUCUGCCACGAUGAAUGUGUGCUCUGUUUGCAUAGCUUUUGUAGCUUGAUUUUUUUCAUCAUUCAUUCAUCCAAAAGACCUCUAGCCGAUGCUCGAACUCCAGAACUUACAGUGAGGCUCAGGCUUCAUAACAACGAAAUGAGUUCGUCAUCGGCUUGUAGGCUGUAGCUUGAGGAUUGAGGUUCGUGUUAGUUGCCCGAGCUGUACUUGGAAGAACGACGAGUUCUAACUUCUAACACCUUCCGUUUGGGCUCAUCUCUAGACUGUUAAGACUUAAGACUUUGGGCACAAUUCAAAAGCGAACGUACUCUCGCUGAGCCCAAACUUGCCGAACCGCUUUCCAACGAACAGUAGAGGCAGAGCAUUUCCCCCUCAAAUUUCUCGGGAAACAAACACGCAACAAAUAA